AUGCGUUUUAUAGAUUUAAGCUCCUUUAUCAUUAUAAUAAGAGUUACUUACUCAAAUCUGGUUUUGUAUAAUCUGUAAGACUGUUAACUAAGACACACUAAAAUGAGAAUGCGCUCAAAUGAGACGCACUAAAAUGAGAACGCACUCAAGUGAAGCCCCACCAAGAUCGUGUCUCUUCUCUCUUAUUCAAUGUUACUACGAAUUGUUAUGUGAGUGUUUUCUUAGACAUUAGAACAAAACGAUAUAUAUUAUAUGGGACCAAUUAAUAGUUAUGAAGCAUUUCAUACAUGGAUAAAUGAAAAAUGCGUUCCGUUAGUACGAGAAAUCACAUUUGAAAAUGCUGAAGAAUUAACCGAUGAAGGUCUACCAUUUUUGAUAUUAUUUCACGAUCAAAAUGAUCAUCAAAUUAUUGCUGAUUUUGAACAAGAAGUCGCUAAACAACUAAUGAAUGAAAGAGCUACAAUCAAUUGCUUACAUGCUGAUGGACAAAAAUUUGUACAUCCUCUCCAUCACCUGGGAAAAUCAACAUCUGAUUUACCAUUGUUAACAAUCGAUAGUUUUAGGCACAUGUUUCUAUUUCCAAAUAUCAAAGAUUUAACUGUGCCUGGUAAACUAUUAGAAUUUGUUCAAAAUCUUCAUAGUGGCAAAUUGCAUCAAGAUUUUCAUAAUCCACCACCACCACCCACCAAGGAACCCGGUGAGACAACUACCAUCAGGCCAUUACUAGAAAAACAUGAUGAUGUAGGCAGUGGUGAUACUCAGCAUUUACCUAAAUCACCCGAUAUAUCGCAAACCGCAUCUCCACCAUCACAGCAGUUUAUUCAGCAACAAAAAACAAAUCCACCAGAAAGUGUUUUCAUUCAUUUAGGACCUAAUUUUUCAUUAUUUCAUAUACGUGAAAUUUUUUGUCUUUAUUUUUUAUUUUUCUCUCUUAUUUACAUUAUGAAACGUCAUCGACAAAUUGCUUUACUUGGUUAUCCAGGUGUUGGAAAGUCAACAAUUGCUGGACAAUUUGUUUAUAAAGCAUUUCUGGAAGAAUACGAUCCAAACAUUAGAACUCAACUUCGUCAUUCUCAUUGCGUUCAUGGGCAAGAAUAUGAUUUAUUAGUCAUUGACAAUGCCGGCACUGAUCCAUAUACAAUAAAUCAUGGUGAAUUCGAUAAUAGUGAUUCGUAUAUUAUUGUUUAUUCUAUCGAUGAUAAAUCAAGUUUUGAUAUGGUACCAUUGAUAAGAGAUAAAAUUAUUAACAAUAGUGCUAGUUCAAAAAUACCACUUGUAAUUGUUGGAAAUAAAAUUGAUCGAACUAGUGAUCGUGUUGUAUCAACGGCACAAGGUCAAAAGUUAGCGGAGGACUUUGGUGUUGCAUUUAUUGAAACAUCAGCAAAAGAUACAGCAGGUGUUGAGAAGAUCUUUUUAAAAUGUAUUCAUGCAAUGGAUCAAGAUAUGAAUAGUGGUAAUGAUCCGGUUCCUUCAACAACAACGCCUACAAAACUGACAAAUUCGAAAACUUCAAAAACAUCUCAAUCAAAAGAGAGCGCCUGUACAUUAUCAUAA